ACCAGCAGAUCAACCCGAACGACUCAGUGCGUCUGGCUCUAGCUUCUGUCAACACUCCAGUGACUAUCUACACGGUCGAGAGCGAAUUUCAGCGGUCGAUAAAGUACACGAUGGCUCGUCUGACCGUAUUCUGCGUGCUACUGUUCUGUGUGUUCGGAACUACAAUGGCCAUCAAGAAUCCGUUUCACUUCAUUUGGAAACCCAACCAUUGUGUUGAGGUAUAUCCCGCAAACUGCUUCGACAUCUGCGGAAAAGGCCACUGCCUCAAUCGAUAUAAAUGUUGCCAUAGAAUUUUUUCCUUCUUUGAUACCUUCUGUGAAGACAAACAGGAAUUGCAGCGUCUAUGUCUACCGUUUGUUUGCAAAAACAAUGGAACACUGUUUCGUACGCAAGCUAGCCAUCACGGCCACGGCUACCAUCAUCGCAAGUUGUCUCUCUGUAAUGAGCCCAAGCUAAAGUGCGCAUGCCCGACCGGUUAUUCCGGUGCUUGCUGUCAAAGUCGUACCAAUCACACGAACCCGUGCGCUAAGACGACGUGCAGUGUUGGCAAAUGCGUUGUGAUAUACGGGCGUGCAGUAUGCAAAUCAGCAGGUCGAGCAAGUAUCAACAAUACUGAGGCACCUACCUACUUCCACGAGACUGUCAAUCCUGACAUUGUUACUGAAGGUACAAGAGAAGAUAAUAUCGAAUUGGAAGCCACACCUUUUGUAGACGUAAACGAGGAUUCUUACAUCUCUACCGACAGUACAGCAGAAGAAGUUGCUACUGAUGAACCUUCAGCAAUAUACUAGAACACUAAUCACUGGUUGAAGAAGACGAUGGUUACUACUAAUGACCUAUGAACGUCUAGCAACUGCAUGGUACUUGAUAAAUAAGUGUAGGUGUUAGUGGUGUUGAGAUUUUCUACGACUAGAUGUGUUGUGCUGUGAUCUGUUUCUAAUAUAGUGUGGCGACUAAA